AUGUCUACCACAACUACUACCUCGACUGAAACUGGGGCGGCUCCUUAUCUUACGGCUCUGCGACGAGAUGGCUUCGUCUUGAUUCCGGGCCUCAUUUCGCCAGAGCAAAUUGCUACACUCCGCCGCGCAGCCGCAAAAGCAACCCACCUGGCACGCCAUGGCCAAUGGCCACACAUUCGGACUGUCCCGAAGCAAUUCCCUCCCUUUCCAACCACGCCGCCUCCAGCUUCUGAAGGUGGGAUAUGGGGAGUUCAGCACCUACUGCACCCAGACAUGCCCGGACGAACCGAUUUCGCCAAUCUAUACUUUUCCCCAAAAGUUCUAGAUAUCGUCGAGGAGCUUGUCGGCCUCAAGGGAAAGCCGCCCUCUGAGGUUGAACCGUUGACCAUGGAGCUCUUCAACCUCUUAGUCUCCCCAACCUGCAGAGAGUUUGCUCUACGCUGGCACCGUGACGAUAUUCCCACUCCACCAACGCUCCCGCCGGAAGAAGAAUUAGCACAGCUCCAGGCCAAAUCUCCCGCCGACCGACCCCAAUCUCACGCUCAGUACAAUAUUGCUUUAUACCCCGACUCUUCACUUAUCGUUGUCCCCGGUUCUCAUCUUCGCGCACGCACACAAGCCGAGCGUGAUGCGGAUCCGUUUGAACCGGACAUGCCGGGUCAACAGGUUGUAACCCUGCAACCUGGAGAUGCAGUCUUUUAUGACAGCAAUAUCUUUCACAGGGGCGUGUACAAGGGCACUGAGAUCCCAGCCCACGAGAGUGAUGAAGUUGAAGGGAUUCGAAUGACUCUUCAUGGCAGCGUUGGUUUAGCAGAGCCGGUGGAGGAGGGUAAGAAAGGUGUUAGGGCGACGGUGGUCUUGCAGCAUGGCGUGGGUGGAUGGGUAGGAAGGGACGAUUCCAGGAUGGAUAAGCAACCCGUUUUCUACCGCAUGCCCGAGGAACUCCUCACACAAAUAGUUGAUAACAUCAUACAGCACCACGAUGAAGUGACAUUGUUCGCCCAGCUGAAAGCCAUGCGGCUAGCAUGCCCGCAGUUCGCCUAUCUGGCUCGUCUGCAAGCAUAUCUAUUCCGUCGCGUUCGAGUCAGGGCGACUCCGGAACACGUGCAGGCUCUCAAGAAUGCUGAACUUGCUCCGUACGUCAAAUCCGUUGGAUUAGAGCCUGGACAGUAUAAUUGGGGAAAGGCCAUGGACGCGUUCAGUGAAGCGAUCACCGACCGCCAGGCAUCCUCGGACAAGGCUGCAAACGCAGAUUCUACGUCUGAGCAGGUUAAACGAAAAUUUGACACAUCUGUACCCCGUGGUGAAGAUAUUGAAACCCUCCUCGAAAGUGGUCGUCUUGAGAGUCAGUGGUCAGCUGCAGUGCGGGCAUUCCCUAAUGCUGACACGUUCCGCCUUGUGUGGCCUGGCGGAAGUUUGCUGAUAAUGGAUAUGGGGUGA